AUGUUUAGGCCAGAUUGCGACACAGCGCGAGAACGCUUUGGGGACCCGGCUCCGGCCUUCGCUGCGGGCACAGCUCAGUCCAAGGAAGACCUUGUGCAACUGGCAGAGAGAUGGUUAGAUGCGCAUCCCUGGGCACGGAAGGCUGCAGAUCAGCGUCGGAAAGAGGCCCGCGCACAGAUGGCUGUGCAAACAACUACAGCACCUGACUGUAAGCUUGGCCGAUUCUCUGCGAUGCUCGCUGGAAAGGUACCUGAUGUUGCUGCUGAUGCCAGGCAGUCUGUGAGACCUCCGUCAAUGAAUGAAAGCGGCAGCAUGAAAGAGCCUGAAGAAAUUGCCCUGCCGAGGUCUCAGCCAAAAAGACCUGCACCGGUGGUAAAGGAAAGCGUGCGAGCGAAACUCCUUGCCAUCGUGGUGGCUCCCCAUAUAGCAACACAGUCAGAGGUCAGGCAGCUGAACCAAUGCUUGGAGUCCAUAGUUGCCCAGUCAGUUCUACCCACAGCGCUGUGGGUGUGUUGGCAUGCAGAGAGCUUCAGCUUGAAGCUGGCUGUGUCCCACUCCAUUGAUGAGCUGAUGCCCAGGUGCUGCCGGAAAGGCACGCCGCUGACGCAGCUGCAGCUUGACGAAACGGCAGGACAAUGGAGAAAUAUCGAAGCAGUCCUAAAGGCGCGGCAACGUAUGGGCGGGGACGUGUGCGACAUGUGGGUUGUUCUUACACAGCCAGACGAGCUUUGGCACCCACGGCGUUGUGAGCAGAUUUGUCAAGAGGCAGCCAGAGCACCAGCAGAAAUUUCCAGCCUCCUCCUGACGGAGGGAUUCAAGUGCGAGCCUGACGUGGUGAGCGUUGCUCAGGUGGAAGAGCACUUCGCAUCGGGCAGUCUGGGACGCUUAUCAGAAAACGAUGUCAGAACCACUUGCUCGAGCAUAGUCGUGCGCGUGCCUAGCCUGGCAAAGUUUUUGGCAUCAAUUCCCUCAGACAUUCUGACGCACGAGUUUUGCGAUCUAGCUUUUUGCAGCUAUGCAUGGAACGACCCUUGCGGGCGUGUCACCAAAUUAGACCUCCCUUGGUCCGUCUGCUUGUGCUGCCAUGAUCUGGCAGCACGGCUCGCCGAGUUUGCACUUAGCAGUGUCGUGGAUGGAGCUCAGGGUUACGAUGCUUCCUUAGAAGAAAGAAAGAGUGCCCUCAUGAAGCGAAGAUCUGCCGGGGACUGGGCCUAUGCCAUCUCUGCUGCAGACUUCGUACGCUUCAUUGCAUGCUGCAGGUUGGGUGCGGAAGCUCUCUAUUUGAUGGGCAUGUUUUAUCCGGCCGAUGAUUCGAUGUUGGUGGCGUUGAAGCUAGACCUGUGGCGAAGAGUUGCGCUCAAGUGGCAGCUGUGCCAGGAUGGAUGUAAUUGGAUUGAAGUGCAGACCGAUCACCACUGUCCGUGGAUCAACAACUGCGUGGGCUUCUACAACAGGAAGUUCUUCAUUCAGCUUCUUUCUUACGUGUAUCUCAGUCUUAUCAUAGUCGUGCUCUUCAGCAUCCCCGAGAUCUACACUCGAUCGCAGGCAAACAUGCAGGUUGAUGCUGGGAAGUAUGGAACUUACCCGGCGCUUGCCUCGGGUCCUUGGUGUGUUCAACAACAUCUCAAGCUGCCUAUGCUGGACAAGCGUGGCCAGGUCCCCGAACAGGCUCUGAGCAAGAAUCCCACGCGAGAGGUGGCAGAUUCCCUGCAUGAUCACAUCGAAGUCACCGUGGUCAUUUCCCAUGAGCUCAUUUACAAGCGAAUGUGGGAUCCGUGUGGCGAAGUGAGGCAAGCUGCCCUCAACACACUUGGAAGGGCUGCAGAGCCUGGCUCCAAGGCAGCAAUCGAGGCAGUAUGCCAAUGCCUUGAGAAUUGCAGCGGUGAGGUUCGGCGAGUGGCCAUCAAGACGUUGUCCUGCAUUGCCGAAGAUGGCAACCAGGAGGUCAUUAGCCUUCUCUGUGACAACGUGGCCUGCAGUGAUCUUUUCACAAAAGCCACUGCCAUCAAAGGCUUGAUGAAGGUUGCUGGUGCAGGUCACAAAAACCUUGUGGCCAGCGUGCUCGAUCUGGUGGAGAACAGGCAAGCAGCAUCCAGGCGGCUUGCAAUGGAAUCCUUGCCACAGGUUACAGCACCCGGCGACACCAGAUCCAUCAAGGCAGCCUGCGCCGCGCUGCGAGAUGAGGAUGCCAAAGUCAGGCAACUGGCCGCGCAAGCCUUGGGACAAUUGGCAACGAGAGGUGACAGCGAAGUGGUGGAGAUGCUUUUGGAGAGGAUACAGGACCGAGACAAAAUGACUCGACGCCAUGCGACGAUGGCUUUGGGGCAUGUCGCGGCGCAGGACGAUGGCAAGGCCCUCGCAGUUCUGGAUGCGCUUUCCAGGAACUCCUCCGACGCCGGUCUGAGGCGGGUGGCCUCUACAGCGCGGGAGGCGAUUCUUUGCCCUUUCGACAGCGAGUUUUGCAUGGCUACCCUCCUUAUUUGCACGCUCACAAACUUCAUAAAGUUUCACAUGAAGUUAGUCUUGGAAAACUACACGACCAUCGAGAAUUUGGAGCGUGAGGAGGGUGCAAAGAGCAAGUUUGACAUCGGCCGUCGCAGGAAUUGGGAGCAGGUCUUCGGGCAAAACCCUUGGAUGUGGUGGCUUCCACUGCACACGCAGGCUUCUCGGCCAAUCGGCGAUGGCGUCCGAUGGCGGGUGCACUAUACCAGAGUGAUCGACGAGGACGAAGAGUUGCCCGCAGACGAGGAGGGCAUGUCGCAAGCAAGCCGAUUACUAAACCAGGGCAAUGCCGGAUCCGCAAAUCGAUCUACCGGAAGGUAG